CUCUCGCCCGUCGUUUGGUCGACUUUAAUACGUCCCACUGGCUACAUCGGCCGGAGCGAGUGGAAGGACGAGGUAACGCAGCUGGCUUGCCGGUCGGAGCCACGCCGCGGCCGCCUCUUCGGCCGCCUCGGUCGCGACGGGAAACUUGACGCCCGCAAGUCCGUAAAAAAAAGAAAGAAAAGAGAAUAAAGGGCACACACUCUGCCCGAUCCGUCCAAGUUUGCGAGGUUGUCAGUGUAGCGCGUGAGAGCCCCAAAUUGAACACUUUGAUUAAAGCUAUUUCCCGAGUCUCGUUUUGCGAGCGCCGUACCGAUAGGGGGCCCCCGAGAUAAGCGUGUACUGGAUCUAACCAUGGCUUGCUAGCUAUUUGUGUUUAUUUGUUUUAUGCUCACAGAAGUUUUAUUCACACUAAAGGUGCCCAGGGUUGAAAACUAAAUGUGGACUUUGCUCACAGACGUGGAAACACUGCUUGAAAAUUCUAGUUUGACCAGGCACUUCUUUAGGUUUUGAUGUUGGGGGAUGGUGCAAUGAUUUGUGUGAAUUGAUGCAUCCAACAACGGAACAUUUUGAUUUCUCCACUUCGGCAUUGAUGCAUCCAACAACGGAACACUUUGAUUUCUCCACUUCGGCGUCCUUGAGUUGUUUGGACUACAAAAGUCUCCGAGUAAUAAACACAGCGGAUUUGCGAUACAGUUUGGCCACACCCAUUUCCUUGUUUGGUUUGUCCCGCCCCAACGGAUGUGAUGUAAUACCGUGGUCCCCAACCACCGUGUCGCGGUGAGUUUUAUUUUUAUGCGCUUUGUAUUUGUUUUUAUGCCAGUCGUACAUUUCAUCAUAUUUAUUAUAAAUGUAUUUAUAUAAAGGUCGGUCCGUGAAAAUAUUGUCUGACAUGUCACCGGUCCGUGGCGCAAAAAACGUCGGGGACCGCUGAUGUAAUAGAUAAAAACACGUAAUAGAAAACUGAACAAAUUAAAAAAUAGCCCCCAAACAGAUCAUAAAAGUAUCUGCAGUACCUGGAGGGAUAGAUUACAUUUUUCAAGAAAAUGAAUAUAAAAGAUUUUUCCAUGAUAUGUCUCUCUUGCGGUUGACAGCUUUGAAAGGAAAUUCACCCGUAUUGCAAAUAGUCAAGAUAGCAUCAUCAUAUAGCAUUAUUAUUAUUCCCCUCAAAGCCCGCUACAGUUCCAUUUGAUUACUUUUGGUAUUUCCAAUUGUUGACUCCACCCACAUCGGACCUUUUACUUAAAGAAUUUUCACCCCUUUGUGACCAACUGGAAUUGUAGCCCUUUUGGGAUAUCACUUGGAAUUUUACCCUUUUGGACUUCUUCUGUCUUAUUUCCAACGUUGGACUGAGAUGUUCUGUAUCCGAUUGCUAACAUGGCUGAGGCAGUGCAAGGCCCUGUGGUUGGCCGGCCGUCGGAAUUUGCCAACGAGGAGGAGCGGGCGGUUCACACCUGGUCUAGAAUUGCGUCGGCCGGCCGCAGUGUCCUUCUGGAAGCGGUGAAGAUCCUUACCCCCAUGGCCCGGGAUCUCUCCAGUACCGAUGAGCUGGUCACCUUCCUGCAGGAGUUGAGCAAGGAGGGCCACAAGCCCACCGUACUGCGUAGCAAGGACGUCUAUGGCUACCGCUCUUACACAAACCAGCCCUUGACCGUGGACAUGAUCAAGCCACCAAGCCGGAAUGUCAGGCUGCCACCCAAGAAGCGGCGAAGGGUUCGAGUUAAGAAAAGAGAGGUGCAUCCUUCCUGGAACGUCUUUCAAAAUGGAAACCCCCGAAUCCAAGGAGUUCGACCUCCGGAGCAACUGAUGGACCAGUGCACUAGUGCCUACAGUAAGAGCUCCGUUCAGACUUGUGAAAUCUCUGAGGCUCCCCAGGUGCAAUCGUGCCUCAGGCUGACUAAUAUCAAAGGUCUGUCUGGUUGCCACACAGCCAGACUCCAGAUCCAAACCACGUGGGACAUACCCCGUAAGACUCCCCCAGCUGUCUUUUUGCAGAAGCAGCCCCCUCCAGCCCUUUCAGGAAUACCAUUGCAGCCUUCCCAGAAUGGCGAUGGGGCGUCCACCAGAGCCGUGGCCUUGUUCAGCCAGAAGAGCUUAUCGUGCCCCGUCCGACUGGAUGGCGCUCUCAUCGGUGACUCUGCACCUGUAUUCUAUGCCAAUGGCCAAGCUUUCCCACAGACUCACACGGAGCUCACCAGCAAUGGCUGGGGUGGCAACGUCCUCCACCAAAACGGACUGGGCCCGAAACAACCGACACAUCCCACCCGGCAAAGAAACCGCUGGCGAGAUAACAAGUGUUUGCGCUCAAAGGUUGUGAAGGUGGACAACUCUCGCUCGGUGAACGAAGCUCGAUGCAAAGCGCAGAAAAUACUGCAGGUCAACCUGUCUCCCGUGAUACAAAUCCGCCCUCUGAACCACGUGUUGAGAGAUUUCCGAUACCAGAACUGAAACGGACACUCCCUCGGAGCGUACGCAUUGUUUUAUUAGUGUCUUACGCAUCUGUCAAUUCCGACCAGGAUUCCUUCCCGUUUGCAGCAAAGUUCUUUCAUAAGGUUCCAGUCUGAAAGUUGGGAUUCCUUGAAAGGCAUUAGAAGUAGGGAGUUGAUUUUCCUAGCGGGCUGGGAAAUGACUUAGUGUUGAUUGCUGGUACAUUUUCACUCUCGGCGCAAUUCUGUAUUAUCACUUUUUCAUUCCUCAUGGUCUUAAUAUGGUUGAUGCGCCAUUAUUUGCAUAGGAUUCCCACGCCCAGUUGAAGACUUCCACUAUUUGCUUUAAGGAUGGAAGGCCACACUGCUUCUCUAAAGACUUGAGAAGAAUAAAGACAUAGCGGCAGGCCUCCGAUAAAACCACUUUGCUAAAUCCUGGAAAAACAUGGAGUUGGUCUUCCUUUUCUUUGUCGGGUUGUCGCAGGGCGGUAAGGGAAUCCACUUGAGUGGUUUGCUUCCUGUUUGGGUCAAAGAGUUUGUUGCCCUCCACAAAGUGUUCCUUUUUAGUUCCACCUACAAACAUACACUAGGUAGUAUUUUGGACUGGAUGGUAGUAAUAUAAAAAGGUUUGCAAAAUCUGGACUCUUUUUUUUUUUCAAUAUGUAUUCAAGAAUUGAUCAAAAGAAAUGUUUCCUUCUGUCCAAGUCAAAAUCAUAGGUUUUUGUUUUGUUGAGUGUCAAAGUUGGCAGUUUUUUGGGAAGAGUGUUAUAUGCUGCCCACCCAAAAUUUGAUUUUUUUUUAAAAAAAUUCUGUUUAUCUUGUAUUUGAAACGUGUUUAAAAAAUCCCUGCUUUAAAAAAAAUCUUUUUUGUUCAAUAAAACUGUUUUGAAAACCA